GCUUCAGCGAUCGGGCGGCGGCGGCGGCGGUAGUGCGAGCGAGGCUGACGCGGGGACGGUGGCCGGGGCAGCGGGAGCCGCCAUCGGGGAGCAGCAGCGGGGUUGGCGGCCGCGGGCGGCAGCGCAGGGCGGGCCGGGCUGGGCAACGGAGCGGACGGCUGCGCCACGGGUGGCAUUGUGUGUCCCAGUGUGCAAGAAUAGCCCCAGAAUCGGAAAGGCUGAACCCAGAGCUCUCCAGCAGGGAAGAUUCCCUUCCCCCUGCUUCAGGUUGCUGAGCACUGAGCGUCGCUCAGAAUGGAAGCCAUCGCCAAAUAUGACUUCAAAGCUACUGCUGACGAUGAGCUGAGCUUCAAAAGGGGGGACAUCCUUAAGGUUUUGAAUGAAGAGUGUGACCAGAACUGGUAUAAGGCAGAGCUCAAUGGGAAGGAUGGCUUCAUCCCCAAGAACUACAUAGAAAUGAAAGCACACCCGUGGUUUUUUGGCAAAAUCCCCAGAGCCAAGGCAGAAGAAAUGCUUAGCAAACAGAGGCACGAUGGGGCCUUCCUAAUCCGAGAGAGCGAGAGUGCCCCUGGGGACUUCUCCCUGUCUGUCAAGUUUGGAAAUGAUGUCCAGCACUUCAAGGUGCUCCGAGACGGGGCCGGGAAGUAUUUCCUGUGGGUGGUGAAGUUUAAUUCUUUGAAUGAGCUGGUAGAUUACCACAGAUCAACAUCCGUGUCCAGGAACCAGCAGAUAUUCCUGCGGGAUAUAGAGCAGGUGCCACAGCAGCCCACGUACGUCCAGGCGCUGUUUGACUUUGACCCCCAGGAAGACGGUGAGCUGGGCUUCCGCAGAGGAGACUUCAUCCAUGUCAUGGAUAACUCAGAUCCCAAUUGGUGGAAGGGGGCCUGCCACGGGCAGACCGGCAUGUUUCCCCGUAAUUACGUCACCCCGGUGAACCGGAACGUCUAAGAAGCAGAAGAGAUUAUUUAAAGAAGGUGAAGAAGUUGAGACCGUUCACAAGCGUUGCACCCACAUGCUGCCUGUCAGCCUGAGGAGUGCAGAGCCCCUGCCUGGGUCGUGCUGGAGACCCUGUCACUUAGGGUGAAACUUUGGGGGGGGUGGGAAGGGUGUUUGAUUUCAUAAUGCCAAAACCUAACCUAUUGGAUUGAAUUACAGUUUCUAUUACAGAGUCUCACCGCU